GUGAAUCAGCAAUCCUUUUGCCACAUUUUGGUGUUACAAAACUGUUAAUCAUUUGAAAAUGGUUUAAACUAUCUCAGAACUGAUGAAAGGAUAUAUUCUUCGAACAAUUUUGUGUUUUCUGGUAAGAGAAUUUUUCAAAUUUCUACUCUCAUGAAGUUUCCCUGCUGUUUGGUAUAUGAUAUGCAAGUAGAAUGAGCUCCAUACAUCACAGUGACUUGGUAGAGGUUGGAGAAGAUGGAGCAAUCAUCAGAAUACAAGAUUUACUUGACGGCUGGGAACACAUUGUUUAUGCUCAGCAUAAUGGAUCACCACUUUCCAACAGUCAUCCAGCAUUCAGGGUUAAAAUUGUGCAAUUAGGCAAAGAUGCAUCAAUUGGAAUAGGAAUUAGUUCCAGUCCAAUUGUUCAAGAGAUAAAUAAUGAUGAAGAAGAACAGAAAUCAUCAGACAGAUCUCGGGAUGCUCUCAUGUUCCAUAGUGAUAAUGGAGCUGUAUCAACACCUAAUCACGAGAGAAGAAGAAACGAAUCCUCUAGCUUUGGUGAAGGGGACGUGAUAACACUUGUCAUAGAACAACUCACUGCAUAUAAAUCAUUAGUUUGUGUUUGGAAGAAUGAUAAGAUCCAGUGUCGGCAGUGGGUUACAAUACGAGCCGAGAACCUCUAUCCUACAAUCAAUGCCUGGUGGGGCCCAGCAGAGCUACAGGUGGAGUGGCUUAGUUCAACUGUACCUCAGUUAUCCAUGACUAACCUGAAUCAAUGGAUGUCAUCUAGUAACAUGAAGGUAGAGGGUGAUAAACUCAGUGUCUCUGAUGAUAAGAAGGGAAUCAUCCAGUCACCAUGUGCAUUCCAAGAGGGUUCUAGUAUGUAUUUUGAGACGAGCCUAGAGUCAAUGGGUGAAUGUGAAGCAGAUGAGGAGCAAGAAGGUCCGCUGAUAGGACUGACGUCAUCAACCUGGUCAGGACAUGAAGGGUUACCUGGAAAAUCAGAGUAUUCAAUUGCUUAUGAUACAGCUAAGGGAAAGAUACUCAAUGGUGGACAUGCUUCAAAAGGGAAGAACCUAGGCGAGACUGGGAAGUGUAAAGCAGGAGAUAGGAUCGGGUGUGGUCUUCUCCUUUUUGAAGCAGAUAAAGCUACGACAGCUACCCAGAUGGUGGUAGUGUACUUCACCAGGAAUCAAUCUGUUGUACAUCAUUGUAAUGUUACACAGUCUACAGGAGGUUUCUACCCUACAUGUGCAUUUGUCAGUAAAGGUUCCAGUGUUAGAUUGAACAUGACUGCUUCUGUACCAGCGCUUCCAGACAAGACAGAUUGGUUAGCGAAAGCAAAGAGAGCACUAGAUUUCCCUGGACUGGGAAGUUUUGAGGCUUCCGUUGAAAGGGAUGAGAAUAGAAAGCAUGAAGAAGGAGUUACCCAGGGUUACUUCCGUUUCUCUGAAGCUGUUGGUUGCCCAACGAGUGAUGUUAUCAAACCCCACUCUGAACUCAAUGAUGGAAAGCUGCUACAGCUACUCAAGACAAUCACACCUUCAGAACCUUACUUCACUAUCAAGAUAGAAGAACUAGAUGAUGGCAAUAAAGUUUGUGUAGGAGUUAGCAGAGGAGGACAGAGUUGUGGGAGUAUACCUGGUUCUCUCAUAGACUCGGCAGGUUAUGCUUCUCAAGGUGAAAUACUCAUGGGCAGUGAUGGACACUUUACAGCUGAAAAAUUCAAGAAAGGUGAUGUGAUUGGUGUGAAUGUGCAGUUCCUGGACCUGACUAAAGUUGUUCAGUUCAUCAAGAAUGGAAGCUUGAUGGGUCAGAGCAUUAUCAAGGGAAGCAACAAGGAUAUCUAUCCUAGUCUAGGAUUUCGAGGUCUACCAGCAACUGUACAUGUGACGUGGCCAUCCGCACGACCUGACCCACCACCUACCUUCUCAAAGGACAACUUUGAGAACUGGCUGAAAAGUCCUGGCAUCUUGAUGAAUGGAAGUAGACUGUGCUGUGAGAAGAAAACUCGGGAGCUUAAAAGCAGCAUACUUGUUUCACCUCAACCACUGUGUCAUGCAUGGAGUUACUAUGAAGUACAGAUAAACUGCAAGAAGCUUUCUACUGACUCUCAGAAGGUAUUAAAGGCUCCUUCCAUUGGACUGACUAACUGCAUGAGACCCUCCAAGUACAAACAUAUCAUCAAUAACAAAGAAGCAAGAGAUACCCGCUACUACUGUCACACCAACUCCAUUGGCUACAUGGACUACCUCAAACAUGAAAUGCUCCCAGUGAAGAGAUUCAUAGCAAGUGGUGACCGGAUUGGUUGGGGCUUGAUGUACCCAGCCUCUUCUAAGAACAUUCCUAGUGAUCUAACCAGACAGAUUGUUAUUGUGUAUUGCUGCAUCAAUGGAGAGAUCGUCUAUCACAAACCUAUGGAGCAACCCGGUGGUGGUCUCUAUCCAGUUGUAACCCUCUACAGAUAUGGGGAAGAAGCUUCCUUGCUGAUCGACCAGACUCCACCUCGAUUCCCUGACAUGUUGAGUUGGUAUGAAGAAGCCGACGCCUUCAAGAUGGAGGUUGAUAAACAACGUAAAGCUGCCGAAUUUGUGCUAUAUCUUCCAUACCUCAUGCGCACUAUCUUGCCCUCAAAACAAAAGUUUCGCCGAGGUCAGUACAAGCAGACAUCAGCUGAUAGACGAGCUAGACCUGCAACUCCAUGUAAGCGACCUGACAAUCAUCUGAAGAGAAACACUGUCUAUAUUCACUGUGAUUCAGAGAGAUACAAUGAAGCUACUCAUAUACAAGCCAGACUAGACACAAAGGGGCUUGUAACAAGACUCCUUCCUGAAGACAAGCUCAACAGCUCUGACAUCACCAGUCUGAUCGACGAUCACGUCUCCUCCUGCACGUCGGUGGUCUGCUGUAUGGGUCCAGAGAUAAGUCAGACCAAACACAUGGGCAAAGUCCUGGACCUAGCCCAGAAGAGAUCCAAACCAGUGUUACCCUUCAUACUGGAAUCAGUCAAAUGGCCUCCAGAGGGCAGCCUUCAAAAGGAGUGGCAGAAACUUGUCAUGCAUAAGAUUGAGACGAGCGGAGACUUUGACUGGGCCAUAGAACAGAUUGAAGAGAAGACAUUGAAUCUCAAGGACAAAGGCUACAAUGGUAAAGAGAUCCGGGUUGUUGAAGGAAAGGGAGCCAAGAUGCUCUAUUCAGAUGCUCAGAAAGGAAACAAGACGAUCAACGAGAGCAGUGAUCCUAAUGCUCUCAAGAAAGCCAUAGCCGAUGCUGAUCGUCAUAAGUUGCAGUCGAUAGGUAGCGAUGACUUCCCAGAGACCAAUGGUGGGGGUGACCGUGGGGCUACUGGAGGAGGGGGAAGGUCAUUCUCUUUCACCUCUCUCAAGGAACCAAAGAAGACGUUUGAUGACGGGCCUAGGAGACCACAUUCCAGUCAUGGAGGGCGUGUCAAUCAGUCAAAGACUUGUAUUAUACUCUAAAAGAUUCAAAACAGUUGUUGCUACCUUGUUUGGCGUUCAACAAUAAGGGAUAGAGCAACGUCGAUCUGGGGCUGCUCGGUGGCUGUCGGGCUCACGAUCAAUUGGGCA